UACACUACAGCGCACAGAAGCUGAGGCUUCCACUACCAAUCCCGGUCCGACUCGAAGAGUAUCUACCUUUUUCAGCUCGCAGGCACGCAGACCGGCGUAAGAAAAUCAUCGCGGGGUUUAGCUCCAGCUGGAUUGAAGCGACGGGAAAUUGGACGACAGAGAGAGCUUUAUCACAAUGGCGAAACAGGCCAAUCUCUACUCCUUCCCCACCGUAGACGCCCUCGCCCCGGCUCUCCGCGCUUAUGUCGUAUCCUGCCAGGAAGCCGGCAUCACACGGCACGGUGUCUUCAAGGUCGCUGUCUCGGGCGGCUCGCUGCCCAAGACGCUGGCCCAAGCCCUCCUGGCGCCGCCUACCUCCGAGACGGACAGGGUCAAGUGGGACAAAUGGGAGAUCUUCUUCGCCGACGAACGCGCCGUCGCCCUCGACCACCCGGACUCGAACUACGGCCUGCUGAAGGCAGAGCUGCUCGACAAGCUGCCGGAGGGAACCACGCCGCCCACCGUGCACACCAUCGACACCGAGGUGCUCGACGACACGCAGGAGCUGGCGGACCGGUACGAGCAGACGCUCGUCCGGAGUUUCGCCAGCCGCGACUCGGUCAAGCUGCCCAUCUUCGACCUGCUACUGCUCGGCUGCGGCCCCGACGGACACACCUGCUCGCUGUUCCCCGGCCACGAGCUGCUGCGGGAGAUGAACGCGUGGGUGGCGCCGAUCGAGGACUCGCCGAAGCCGCCUCCGAGGCGCAUCACGCUGACGCUGCCGGUUGUCACGCACGCGGUGAAGGUGGCGUUCGUGGCGACGGGCGGGGGGAAGAAGGACAUCAUGAAGCAGAUCUUCGAGGAAGGGACGGGCUUGCCCUGCACGUUGGUCAACGAGGGUACCGGGGAGCGGUGCAGCUGGUUCGUGGAUAACGCUGCCGUGGAGGGGGUCAGCUACCCGAGGAGGCCGUUCAGCCUAUAGACGGUGGAAGUGGGGAAGGCGGCGCGAU